AUGGAUCGUAGUUGGAUGUAUGGGAAACGCAAUACACAUGAAUACAUGCUAGGGGUUGAAAAUUUUAUAAAAUAUGCUGAAGAAAAUAAAAGCAAAAAUGGUGAAGAAUUUCUUGUGUGCCCAUGUUAUGAUUGUAAGAAUCUUAGGAAAUUUCGUAGUUCUGAGCAAGUGAGGAGUCAUUUAAUAUGUCGUGGCUUUAAGAAAGAUUAUAACAGGUGGAUAUGGCAUGGUGAAAGUGUACUUCGUAGUAAUAGAAUAGACAAUGAUGAAGAGAAUGAUGAUGAUAAUGAUGAAAAGAAUGUAGACAAUGAGGAAAAUGAAGAGAAUGAUCGAAUAAAUGAACUCAUGCGUGAUAUUCAAGGAGAUGAUAGUGAAAUGCCUCCUAUAUUUGAAAGUUUUUCUAUUGAUUCAGAAAAAUCUUUGUACCCUGGGUGUAGUAAAUUUACAAAGCUAUCUGCUAUGCUAAAAUCAUAUAACUUAAAAGCAAUGAAUCGGUGGAGUGAUAAGAGCUUUACACAAUUAUUAGACCUUUUAAAAGACAUGUUUCCUAAUGAUAAUGAGCUUCUUAUUUCAACUUAUGAGGCUAAGAAAAUGUUGUGCCCACUGGGCAUGGAGGUCAAGAAGAUACAUGCAUGUCCAAAUGAUUGUGUAUUGUAUUGGAAGGAAUAUAGUAACUUGCAUGUAUGUCCAAAGUGUGGAGCAUCACGUUAUAAGAGAAAAAAUGUUGCUUAUCAGUGUGAGGAUAAGAAAAGCCCUCCAGCGAAGGUGCUAUGGUAUUUACCUGUGAUACCAAGAUUCAAACGCUUAUUUGCAAAUAAAAAUGAUGCAAAGAAUUUGCAGUGGCAUGCUAAAGGGAGGAAGGAAGAUGGAAAAUUAAGACACCCAGCCGAUUCUCCUCAGUGGAGGAACAUUAAUAGAAUGUUUCCUGAAUUUGGCAAUGAAAAUAGGAAUCUUAGGCUUGGGUUAUGCACUGAUGGAAUGAACCCCCAUGGCAACAUGAGUAGUCGACAUAGUACUUGGCCGGUUCUUUUGGUAGCUUAUAAUCUUCCUCCUUGGUUGUGUAUGAAGCGCAAGUACAUCAUGUUGUCAUUGCUUAUUUCAGGGCCUAAACAACCAGGGAAUGACAUAGACGUGUACUUAGCACCACUUGUGGAAGAUUUGAAAAUGUUGUGGGAUGAAGGCGUGAUGGUGUUUGAUGCAUAUACUCAAACCAACUUCACUUUGCGAGCCAUGUUAUUUUGUACAAUAAAUGAUUUUCCAGCAUAUGGUAACUUGUCAGGGUAUACUACAAAAGGAGCGAAGGCAUGCCCAAUUUGUGAAGAUGAAACAAGUGAUCUUUGGUUGAGUAAUAGUAGAAAGAAUGUAUUCAUGAGUCAUCGGGCCUUCCUCCCUAUUGGUCAUCCUUAUCGAAAGAGGAAAAAGUGUUUCAACGGUAAAGCUAAGACUUGUGUGGCGCGCUUUCCAUUAUCAGGGCAUGCAGUUUAUGAACGAGUCAAAAAUGUUAAAGUUGAUUUGGGCAAAACCUCUAAAACUGUUGAAAAGGGUCUUUGGAAAAAAGGUCAAUUUUUUGGGACCUACCAUAUUGGGAGCAUUUAUCUGUACGUCAUUGUCUUGAUGUAA